AUGAGGGUGAUGGAGGUAGUAGUGCCCAUUGGCACACUGGUACUGUGGCUACUGUUAGUGUGGUGCACCAGAGGCCGUGGCUAUGAGGUGAGUGCAGGUAGGGCUGCUGUGUCCUCUUGGCCUUUGCCCAUGACGGGCCUGAUGGCUGGAGUCAUGCCCUUACCCAGAGGAUUCCUGCCACUUGGGAUAGUACUCUGGGGAGGUGGGGCCCUGGUGGUCAGACUAGGACAUGGGGGCCCCAGGGAAGUAGGCUACAAAGAGAUGGUGGAUGAAUAUCACUUUGGAGACUCCAUGGUAUCUGCCCUGCUGGCCAACCCAUCUCGACGCUUCAGUUUUUCUGAGAUGGCCUUCUUCAUCUGAUGGUGGCGGCAGCAUAGGCCCCGGAGGCAAGCUGUGCAGCAGCUGGUCAGCCAGGGGAGGCUCCAGUUUGCCAACAGAGGCUGGGUCAUAAAUGAUAAGGUCACCACAUACUAUGCCAUCAUUGACCGGAUGACUUUAGGGCUGCACUUCCUGAAAGACACCUUUGGGUUCUGCGGCCGCCCUCGAGUCACCUGGCAUACUGAUCCCUUCGGCCUCUCACGGGAGCAAGCGUCCCUCUUUGCCCAGAUGGGCACUGAUGGCUAUUUCUUGAACCACCUGGAUUAUCAGGACGAGCAGAGGCAUGAGAUAAGAGAAGUUGUUGGCAGCUUCCCACCCUCGCUCUCUUCCCUGAAGUUUGCUGGAAAACCUCAUGGGGCCAAGGGAUUGCUGCAGGUGGAAUGUGGGCUCUGGGAUGAGGAAGAGGCAGGGGCCAUGGAUUCUCUCUGCUCUGUCAGAGAAGGGAACCUUGUAGUGGACGAUCCAGACAGUCCAGACUCCAGGGCCAAAGAAGUGACCAGCCACUUCUUGGAAGCAGCUGCUGCCCAGCACUGUCAGAUGGGGAACAAUGGUCCAACACCACAGGCCUCAGGAGGCUCUGCAAGUGGAGAUGUAGGGCUAUGGGGCUAUAAAGAGCCAAACUGGAAAGGGCACUGGGACGGGGCUUGGCCCUGUCUUCCCAGCAGUGGGCUCAGGAAGCUGAGGAUCCAGGCCCAGUGUUAUAGCUCCAAGCACACAGUGAUGACCAUGGACAGUGGUUUCUACUGGAGCCAAGAUGAUUUGGACAAAUGGAUACAUCUUGUUAAUGCCAAGCAAAGCAGAGGGAGCCUCGUCAAUGUCCUCUACUCUCCUCCUGCCUGUUACCUGUGGGAGCUGGACGAGGCCUUCCUCACCUGGACAGUGAAGGAGGUUCUGCCCUUUGCAGGUGGCCCCCACCAGUUCUGUCCUGGCUGCUUCACCAGCCACCCUGCCCUCAAGGAUUAUGAGUGCCUGAGCCAUAAAUGUCUGCAGGUGUGUAAUCAGCUGGAGGCACUGGCUGGACCAGCAGCAUCGCAGGGUUCCUAUGGACAAGCAAGAUGUAUCUACCUGCGGAAGGCAAUGGCUGCGGCCCAGCACCGUGAUGCAGUCAGUGGUACCAUGAAGCAGCUGGUGGAGGGCUGGGAGCAGUGUGAGAUGCCGAUGAGCAAUGCUUUGGCAAGCCUGGGAGGCUCCCAAGAAGAUUUUGUGUUCUGUAAUCACCUGCAUAAGUCCCCUGAGCCGGAGGAACCCCAGUGUAAGCCAGGCCCUGGGGCAAAGAUGAGGACCUCCCCUCCUGAGCCCCUCUUCCCAGCCUCAGCCCCUCCCCUUGGCUUCAGCAUCUAUUCUGUGACCAGGCUGCCUGGCAGGGUGCCCACUCCUGCAGCCCCUACACCUGUUACCCUGGUCAUCCAAAAUGAGAACCCAAAGCUCAGUGCCAUUUCCUGUGAGACACAGGGCCCAGGCUCAACUUGUGCAGAUAUGAGCUGGGGUGUGGCCACCAAGCCUGGCAAACACUUGGGGCAUUGGUCUAGUGUGGCAGAUCUUGGAAACCAAGGGGUAAGGGAAACCCUGGUGGAGCCUGGGGAUGGGCCUGGCACAGGGCUGGUGGUGCAGGGCAGACUUGCAGUGGCUUCUGGGCACCGCCUCCAGGCCCAGAGGGAAGCUCUGGCCCCACAGCUGGUGCUGGCCCCUAUGGGGCAGGGCACCCCAUACAGCCCGGGGACCCCUGCACUCACACAGUUCUCCGGACUUCGAAGAGAGCUCCCCCCAGCUGUGCACCUGCUGACCCUGGCCCACUGGGGCCCCGACACAGUCCUGCUGCGCCUGGAGCACAUUUUUGAGCGUGAGGAGGGCAGCAUGUUCAACCUGUCCCAGCCAGUGACCCUGGACCUACAGGAUCUGUUCUCAGCCUUCACCAUCAGCCACCUGGAGGAGACCACUCUGUCAGCUGACCAACCCCUCUCCAAGGCCACCAGGCUUCAGUGGAGGACCAGCACAGGAGGAGGCUCUGCUCCUGUGCAGCCGGCCCCCGCCCUGGACCCCUCUGCUGUCACCCUCCAGCCCAUGGAAAUCCGCACCUUCCUGGCCUCUGUCACCUGGAGCAAGGACAGGCACAGAUGAGGUUCUGAGCCCUGAGCUGCCCUGAGCUGCCCUUCGCAGACCUUGCUCUCUCUCCCCAGGCUG